CAGAGUCAAUGAUAAAAGCUGACUGCAAUGCGAUAUUUGGAGCUGGUUGACGCGUUCGGUGACAUAUUAGUCGGCUUCUGCAUGAAAUACGCCGUCUGCUGGAUUGUGCUUUUGGUGGCCGCGGUGGGUGUCAUUCUAGGCUUGGUGUUCGGCCUACGCGGACGCACCGAGGAGCCUCGCCGCAUGGGCGCAGUCGCCUCCAACGGCGUGGGUUGUGCCGAGGUCGGCGGCAACAUCCUGGACAUCGGCGGCUCGGCAGCAGACGCGGCUAUUGCCACGAUGCUGUGCGAGGGCGUAAUGCUGCCUCACAGCCUGGGCGUGGGCGGCGGCUUCGUUGCCACCAUCUACUCCAAGGAGACGGGCUUCAUUGAGACACUGAUUGCGCGCGAGACGGCCCCGGCGGCGGCUACACAGGAUAUGUUCGUGGAAAAGGAGAUCACCGGCGCGCUCUCCUGUGCCGUGCCCAGCGAGAUCUACGGCUACUGGAAGCUGCAUGAUAAGUAUGGAAAGCUACCCUGGGACCAGCUCUUCCAGCCCACCAUUGAUAUCUGCCGGAGCGGCAUCAAGGUGUCGCGCUACUUGGCCGGCGUGCUAGAGCGGGAGGAGGAGCGUAUCCGCAGCGAGCCUUCAAUGGCAGAAAUCUUCAUCAACCCGAAGACAGACACUAUCUACAAGCAGGGCGAGAUCAUGUACCGUCAUAUGCUGGCUGAGUCACUCGAAAUAAUCGCCCAUGAGGGUCCCGGAGUCAUCUACCGGGGCGGCCGCGUCGGAGCCAAGCUGGUCAAAGACAUCCAGUCGAUGGGCGGCAUCGUCACCGAGCAGGAUCUGCAGAACUACGAGGUCCGCUGGGAAAUGCCGCUGCAUGCCCGAUUCACGGGUGGAUUUGAGCUCUAUACUUCACCCCUGCCGACCAGUGGAGCCGUGCUCACCUUCAUCCUGAACGUGAUGGAGCCACUGUAUACAAGCAACACGGAGAAAUACUGGCAACGGCUGGUUGAGACCUUUAAACACGCCUAUGGACACCGCACCAAUCUGGGCGACAUCCAUUACGAGCCGGAGGUUCAGGAAAUCUACGAGAACCUCAUCGAUCCCUCCUUUGCGGCACAGAUACGCGAGCUGAUCCUAGACGAUCGCACAUUCACGAAUAUGUCCUACUACGGAGCCAACUUCACCAACGUCCCGGACCACGGCACGGCCCACAUCUCGGUGCUCGCCCCUAAUGGGGAUGCCAUCUCCGUGACCAGCACCAUCAAUAGCCAUCUGGGCGCCAAGGUACGGUCCCGCCAGACGGGGUUCAUCCUCAACGACCAGAUGGACGACUUCUCUACGCCCGGCCGCAUCAAUAUUUACGGGAUUCCUGCCAGUCCGGCGAAUUACAUAAAGCCCGGCAAGCGGCCCAUCUCCUCCACCUGCCCCAGCAUCGUACUGGAUUCCCAGGGCAAUGUGAAGCUGCUGGUGGGCGGCGCCGGCGGCUCCAAGAUCACUACCUCGGUGGCCCAAACCAUCCUCCGCUACUUCGUCCUCCAUGAGCCAAUCGAGCGUGCAGUCAACGCCGGCCGCCUUCACCACCAGCUGGAUCCCAUGUACAUCGAGGUGGAGCCGGACGUGCCCCGGCACACGGUCGCAUACCUCCAGCACAUCGGUCACGAAGUUAGGUACUUGGACGGUGACAAAGCCUACUCCGCUCAGACGGCCAUCGGCCUCAUGGACUCCGAGCCCCACCCCGUCUGCGAUCGCCGUCGAGUGGGCAGCGCCGUCGUUGUGGAGCCCUCGCUGCCCUAAGCCGGUGCUUCUGUGGCAGCCAUGUCUAUCCAUCACAAUUGUGUGUAUCGUUGCAGCUAAGUCAUUCUUGCGAGAAGGACAGACAUCUUCUAUGCAGCGAUCAAUUAAAAUCUGUUGUCGCCCUUUGACGUUUAAAUUUA